CACGAAACCUUCUUUGGCAAUCUUCAUGUUUCAUCUCCAUCAUCAACAUGUCAACGCUUCCCACCCUCGGCCUCACCCUCGCCUACACGGUAUCCAGCUACCUAGCCCUCCGAUGCCUCCAACCACCUUCACCCGAGCCCGGACCCGACAGCAGCAACAAGUCCAAAUCCAAAGACCGCGUCGCCACCGUCAUCGACCCCCUCUUCCUCCUCAUGAAGCUCGUCAUCCCAAUGAGCUUGCUCUACCAAGCGCUGCUAACCCUCCUACACGACCACCCAUCCUCGCUGUGGACGACCGCCAUCUGCCGAUCCCCCGCCAACUCACCAACCGAGGCCCUCGCCUGGACGCCGUCCACAACCACAAGCCUGCUCCUGUUCUACAUCGGCGGAUGGACGCGGCUGGCCGCCUUCCGCGCCCUGGGCGGGGACUUCACGUUCCACCUCGCCGCGCCCAAUGACGGCCUGGUGACCGACGGGGUGUACCGGUACGUCCAGCAUCCCAGCUACACGGGCGGGCUGCUCAUGGUCGCGGGCUAUGUGCGACUGGCGUUGGAGGAGUUCGUCCCGGCGAUGGGGGCAUGCUGGUUGGGAUCCGGGGAGACGACCGGACUCGGCGGUGUCGUCGUCGUUGAGCCUUGGGGCCGGGUUGGGCUGCUGCUGCUGACGACUGGCGUCUUUCUGGGGAUCACCUAUUUCAGGGUCCAGGAUGAGGAGAGGAUGUUGAAGAGGGACUUUGGGGCCGAGUGGGAGCGGUGGCAUCGUCGGACGGCUCGUUUGAUUCCGUUUGUCUGGUGAGAGAACACACGGAUCGGAGGUUCGGUUGGGUUGGGUCGAAUGCGCUACUGUAGAUGCAUUGAUAGUUCAGUCCCUCUUGUUAAGGUUGAUAUGGGGUUUUGUUAGUAGGUUCGUUG